AUAGGAGUAGCGGAUCCCUUAAGAUUCCUAGCUCUGUGUGUCUCACAUGCCUGAUUCCUCAUCGCUAUAUGCUUUAGACUGGUCUCUCUUUACUCCCCUCGCGCCUCCCCCAGUACACUCUGUCCAGCAACUUUCCAUUACAGGAAACAUCUGCUGGGAGGCAGGGCUGAGCCCGGGUUACUGCAGGGCAUUGGCCGACAGCAUUACCCAGCUACAGUGACUUAAAGCAUGUGUGAGUCGUUUUGGGAUCUUCCCCACCCGCUCCUUCCAUGAGAAGCUGUCACAAAGACUGGAGCUGCCUUUCGGAGCAGAAAGGGAACAGAGAGGAGACGCUGAAGGAAUGAAAGUGACUGCUUUCUGGUUGAAAAAGGUGGAAAUAAACCCAAGCUGAAGCCUCCAAGCUGUUGGUCCUGGUGGUUGGAGGUAUACCAAUUACCAGCUCCUGUGCAUCAGACCUUGGUUGGGAGCUGCAGAUGCCUUGCACAGACCUGCCUGGGACCACUCAGGCUGUCAGCAUCUCUGCAGUGCUGCUUUAAGGGAUGCCCACAGCAAGAAGGUGGUGAGGCUGGAGCAGAAGAGCACCAAGGUUGCCUGCCAGCACGCUUACCCCAAUGAGCCACUUCUGCAAAGUCCUCUGGAGGGUAAACCCUCUCUCAGAUGUACAGAACCUGCUAGGACAGGCGACCUGAAUGCAAGCAGAAGCAUAGGGGAGGGCACAUAAACCCCUGCCAAGCUGCUGUAUCUCUUUCGACUUUGAAUCUAAACAAGAAGCGGUGACAGCAGGAACAGGAAAAGUUUGACUGGGAACACAGGGAGCUGUGCAGUGGGAGCACUAUGGAUUCUUUGCUGGAGUGCGGGUCUCUCUGGGAUCUGGUGCUGGAUCAGGAGCUGCCGUGUCUGCAGAGGGACCUGGAGGGGUUUGUCGACUUAUCGCAAGAAUAUGGAUCAGAUGAACUUCCAGCUGUAUUGAGUCCAACUUACAAACAGCGGAAUGAAGACUUCAGGAAACUCUUCAAGCAGCUUCCUGACACAGAGCGCCUCAUCGUAGAUUACUCAUGCGCACUACAAAGAGACAUUCUCCUGCAGGGCCGCCUCUACCUCUCUGAAAACUGGAUCUGCUUUUACAGCAACAUCUUCCGCUGGGAGACACUGCUGACGGUUCGCUUGAAGGAUAUCUGCUCGAUGACCAAGGAAAAAACAGCACGGCUCAUUCCUAAUGCCAUCCAAGUUUGCACUGACACUGAAAAGCACUUUUUUACUUCCUUUGGGGCUCGAGACAGGACGUACAUGAUGAUGUUCAGACUGUGGCAGAAUGCUCUCCUUGACAAGCCUCUCUGUCCAAAGGAGCUCUGGCACUUUGUCCACCAGUGUUAUGGGAACGAGCUGGGUCUGACCAGUGAUGAUGAAGAUUAUGUGCCUCCUGACGAUGACUUCAACACAAUGGGCUACUGUGAAGAAAUACCUGUGGAAGAGAAUGAAGUCAACGACAGCUCCUCCAAAAGCAGCAUGGAGGCCAAGCCAGAAGCUAGCCCUCAGCUGCCAAAGAAAUCUGUCACUGCCAGCACACUGACAUCCACAGGAAGCAGUGAAGCACCAGCCUCAUUUGAUGGAGUGCUACCGGAGGAGGAGGAGGCAGUGGCAGAGAGUCCUGUGGAAAAAGACAUUGGCAUUGCAAAUAUCAUGGCAGAGAAGAUAGAGAUCAUCAGCCCCGUGAACUCCCCUUCCCUAGACUUCAAUGACAACGAAGACAUUCCCACUGAGCUCAGUGACUCCUCAGAGACUCAUGAUGAAGGGGAAGUCCAAGCCUUUUAUGAGGAUCUGAACGGGCGCCAGUAUGUGAACGAGGUGUUCAACUUCAGCGUGGACAAGCUGUAUGACUUGCUCUUCACGGACUCCCAGUUCCAGAGGGACUUCAUGGAACAGCGCCGCUUCUCCGAUAUUAUCUUUCAUCCCUGGAAGAAGGAAGAAAAUGGCAAUCAGACCAGAGUGAUCUUGUAUACCAUUACCCUCACCAACCCUCUGGCCCCCAAAACUGCCACUGUCACUGAGACACAGACAAUGUACAAAGCCAGCCAAGAAAGCGAGUGCUAUGUCAUAGAUGCAGAGGUGCUAACUCACGACGUCCCCUACCAUGAUUAUUUCUACACCAUUAACCGCUACACGUUGACUCGUGUUGCCAGAAACAAAAGCCGACUCAGGGUUUCCACAGAGCUACGUUACAGGAAACAGCCUUGGGGGCUGGUGAAAUCCUUCAUCGAGAAGAACUUUUGGAGUGGCCUGGAAGAUUAUUUCCGUCAUUUGGAGAGUGAGCUGACCAAGACGGAGAGCACGUACCUGGCUGAGGUGCACAGACAAUCCCCCAAAGAGAAGGUGAGCAAGCAAUCAACCGUGCGCCGGAGGAAACGCACCCAUGCCCACCUGCGGGUGCCGCACUUGGAGGAGGUGCUGAGCCCCGUCACCACCCCUACCGACGAGGAGGUUGCUCAUCGGAUCAAGCAUGUGGCAGGUUCCACUCAGACACGGCAUAUCCCUGAGGAGAGCCCCAGUGGCUUCCACCUGCAGAGUGUCUCCAAGCUGCUCCUUGUCAUCAGUUUUGUUCUGGUGCUGCUGGUCAUUCUCAACAUGAUGCUGUUCUACAAGCUCUGGAUGUUAGAAUAUACUACACAGACACUCACGGCGUGGCAGGGCUUGCGGCUGCAGGAGAGGUUACCCCAGUCUCAAACAGAAUGGGCCCAGUUACUAGAAUCUCAGCAGAAGUAUCACGACUCAGAGCUACAGAAAUGGCGCGAGAUCAUCAAAUCCUCGGUGAUGCUUCUAGAUCAGAUGAAGGAUUCACUAAUAAAUCUUCAGAAUGGCAUCGGGUCCCGGGACUUCGGGUCAGAUCCAGAGGAGAAACGGAAACGUUUCCACUAACAGGCAGGAAUGCAGGAGGCCAGAGGACGGUGUGCAAUAUGUGUAAAUAGGAUAUAUAAAUAUAUAUAUAUAAAUAUAUAUAUAUACAGAAUAUAAAUAUAUAUAUUAUAUACAGAUUUUAAGAGAAAAAAAAAAAACAAACAAACAAAGCCUACGUAUCGAGAGGAAGGAUUGACCUCCAACACUGGCUGAAAUGGAGCGUCUCGGUGGUAGUGUGGUGUGUGUGUGUGGGGAGGGCUGUGCUCUCCCGGCACUGAGGUGCGCUUAGGGGCACCUCGGAGUGUGCUCCCCUGGGCCUGUGCACCACCCUUCUGUAAUAUUCCUGCCUGUCUGUCUGUCUGUCUUAUGUUGUUUCAAAGGGAAGCAUCAGAGUGAGUGCCCCCCCACCCCUCCUUGUGCAUGAAGGUCCCUGGGUGACUGUAUUUAUCUAUACACACAAAGGGGACACUGUCAACUUUCUUACCUUGCUGGCUUCAGGGCAGAGAGGUUUUGGCAGUCGCUGUCAAUCCCUUGCAAAACUAUUCCACAUUCAGAGAGGAGGUCACAAUGAGGCUUGCUGUAUGGCUGUAGAGAGCAGCUCUCGCUGGCAAUCAUCUUCUGUACUUCUUGGAGCAGAGAUGCCAUUUGCUGUGGUGCCAGCCAGCCUGGUUCAGAGAGCAGAGCACAGCAUGUAAAUGGGCUGAAAUGCUUUCUCCAAACACUAGUUUGAUGCCUCCUGUUAUUGAUACUGCAUUAAUAGCCAAGGAGAUGGUGGGAGGGGAGUAUCUGCCUACAAGGUGCACGGAUGGAGGAGAGCCAUGCUGCAGGAAGCACGCUUCCAUCCCUUUGACAGUGUCCCCUCUAGUUCUCUGCUUUCUAUGUGCUUGGGCCCCUGCCAUUAAGCCAUCCCUGUGCUGUGAAGAUCUACAUCGGUGCUGAAAGGGUGAGUGCCUGUGUGACUCCCCGUGAUGGGGGAGUAGCCCAACUGGAAAAGCAAACCAAAACUAGUCUCAAUUUGCAACUGUUCCCCCUUUCCUGCUCAGCAAAUUUCCCUCCUGCCCCUGGUCUGAGAGACUGUUUUGCUCAUUCCUUGUCUUAAAAACUCUGUGGGAAAACAUUAGGGAGAGAAAAGACAACUUCCUUUCUUACAUGACUAUAUCUACAUAGAAUCAAUGGCUCUGAAAGCCCAGGAGAGGUUAGGAAGGGUCAUGGGGACCAAAAAAGAAAAGGAAAGGAAAAAGGGACCACUAGUGGGUGGCAGGAUAGAUCUGGAGGGUAUCCGUGGUGUAAGGUAGCCGACUGGUAUCCCUUAUAAGCUGGAUAGGAGGGCUCUACCUCCAUGACUCCUUGCAAGUCAGGUGGUAGAGCUGCAUUAAAAAGACAUGAAAAUCCAUUAAAUAUGGGUUUUCACUUGUUCUAGGGGAUAAUUCUGGGCUCCUGUUAGCAGGUAAAUGAGGAAGAGGGGCAGCAAGACUGUACCCGACACCACUGUGACUGCCUGGGAUGCAGGAUGCUUGGCUGAAUGUUUAAUAAAUGCUUUUUCAUCUUACCCAGCCACCUAGAUUAGGUGAUGGGUGAGGUCCACAGUCUCCACCUUGUUCCACACUAGGAUUUCCCACCUUCUGAAGGGCAGGAGGGAGUCAGCUGCAUAUUCCCUGUAUGCAAACUGUGCAGUUGUAGCUUAUCUGCUGUCUCUAGCUCCAAUGGGUGCUGAAAGAGCAGGGGACAAAAGGGUGAGCAACUGGUCCUUGUAUCUCUGUACCAGCCACUCUCAUCUUCAUGGAGUUCAAGGAGAACCCUCACAAGCUCCCACAUUCCAAAGCACAUACAAGUAACCCACUGAUUUCUCCCAACCUGCCUAUAGUUUGCACAACACAUGUCCCACAGAAGACGACUCACAUUUGAAGGAGCACAGAUGAACACGGGUUAUUAAAGAGACAUUUACGAGUGUGAAAGCAAGGUACAAUUGGGGAAAACAUGCCUCAGCAACUAGAGAGUAGUGUGUAUUUAUGACUAUUUAUUUAAUUUAAUGCUGCUGACUACUGUACUUUGUUCCUCCCUGGCUUUGUUCCAGGGAGGCUGCUGAAAUGGCUACUGUACAAUGAAACUGAGGUGCUAGUGCCUGGGAAGGGUGUUCUGUGGCUUAUCUUGGGACAGGAGGGCCCCCCAAUUCCCCACUGUCACUUGACACACUGGCAAAGAGUCAUGUUCCCCCGUUAGUCACUCCCACAAUUACUGUGAGUCUCAAGCACUAACACUCAUUCUGCCUGCACAUUGCUAUAAACUGAGUUUAAGAUGUUUGGCCCAUAUCCUGACACACAGUUAUGUUAAAUCCUUCAAUAAACAGCCUAAGGGUGGCCAUCACCAAACAGAUCUUGUACAUGCAGUGACCUUCAGACCAAGAAAGGUUUCUCUUUACUCAGAUUCCUCGUUAUUUACUAUCUUUUUGCCACUUGACAGCAAGUCUGGCUUGCAGUUGGACAGGAUUCAUAACCUUUUAUUGCCUCUUAAUUUAUCACAGGAGUAAUAAAAGAGAGAAAAGCAAGGUCUUUUUCUUAAGGCAAACCCCAUAAUGGCACUAAAAGUGAGGGCUGAAAGAAAACCUUGGCGUGUUUUCACCUAGAUGCCUUCCUGCCUAGAGCUAUGACAGGAAUCACCUGCUACUGCAGCUGAGUCCCAGUUGACAGAUUAAUCCCUUUUGCAGCCACAGACAAUGUUGGACCAGUCACUGACAAGAUUUCCUGGAGAAAUCAGCAAUGCUUUCUAGGAGCGAGGCAGAGCAACCUGAAUAGUGUUACUUCCACAUUCCCUUCGCAGUCACAGCCAAGGUUUCCAUUGUCAACGCUUCACAUCUUCACUUGCUUACCUGUGCCAGAAACCCCACGUCAAUGGCAGGGCUUUUAAUAGCUCCUCGCAGCCGUGUUUCCUGCUGAGUGCUCCCUCUGACCCUUCUGCUGCUGCCAAUCUGCCAGGUGAGCACAGCUGGGGUUUGGUUUGCAGCAUCUGAAAAGCUAUAAAGAGAUUUCUCACAAAGCAUUUCUCCAGCCAAACCUGCAAACUAAUGCCAGCAGCUCGUAGCCUAAUUCUGGCUGAGUAAGAUGUUACCUACUGGGAGGAGGGAGACAGAAGGCUCUGAUUUGCCAGUUUGUGUAUAUUUGGGAGAAGAAUAUACUUGCUAAUCCUAGCUUGCUUCUGUUAAAUACAUGCCUUUGGCACUUUUACCUUAAAAGAGCUGUGUGGGUUAUGGCACCUGGGAUGAGCUCAAAGUGAAUUUGAGACCUGAAUAACUGCUAUGCAUUCAUAAACUAGAUACCAAACUAUAUCUAACGUUCCCAAGACAGGGGCAUUGUUAGGUCUGCACAUUCUGCUUGAGGGAGAAAGGUACCUGCAAUGGUAAGAGUAGGAGUGAGCUACGAGUUAAAUGGGUAACUAUGCACCAGUUACCUGGUGCUCAACAACUAACUAAUAAUCCAAGGCAGAAAAACCUCAGUGUUAAUUAACUGAUACUAACUAACUUCUACAUAAGUCCUUUCUGGCUCCCUUAAGUCCUUUGGGAGAAGAGAAAAAGGUCACAACUUUGAUUUCCCCUAACAUACCUCAGUUGCAAUGCUGACAUAGAGUGUGCAUUUACACUCAGCUUACAGCCUGCCAUCCGACUGCCUGGCCCCGCUUGUCUGCUUCAGAUCUAAUAAAGGGAAGAUGAGAUGCAACAUGCCUUUAGUAGAAGUAUGACCCUGUAUUGAAAGAGCAUAAAGCCAGGGUGUGAGUUAAUGUCUAUGAAAAACCCCUCUCUGAAGGUCAGGAUCCAUCUUAGUGCAGCCCUCCUAUGCAGGAGGAGGCUAAGGCACAGCAGAGCAAACACAGCACUCCUCUGCAAUCAGUGCAGAGCUGCUACACCCUGAGAGGACUUCUCUUGCAGUGUUUCUGUGCUGAACUGGCCAUUUUAACCAGGUAGAGCUCUAUCAGUCAGUGUCUGCUUCUCCCAAUGAGGAUGGAAGUGAACCCCUUCCCAGUUUAGAGGUGGGACUUCCACAGCACAUGGAAAAGCACAGUCAGUAACAAACACUUUGACUGGCUCAGGGGAGGUGAUUCCAUCAUGUUUGUCAAGGCAGCUGCUGCCAUCCCACAGACCAGUGCUUCCUGCAGGACUCCAGAGAUCUUUCCGAUGGGAUCUCUGCCAGGCUCACUGCCACUCAUCAUAGCACAGUCAGGUGGACUCUGGCUUAGUCUUUUCAGACAGUCUCAGCACUAAAUACCCAGCAGGGGCUUGCUUAGAACAAUACUGGAACAGAGACUCUUAAACCAAAGCACCUGAGGUAAGUGGCUCACAGAACAUUGAUGUCAGUGUGGUUCCUGAGAGGGCCCAUUCCCCCUGCCCAGCAUGCUCUGAUCUCUGCAGCACGAGUCUCUCUGUGCCAUAAUACCUUAUUCUAGAUGUGCACACUGGCCAAAUAAUCUCCUCGUGUCUUGAUUGAGAUUAUUUCCCGUCUAGGCAGACAGCAUGGGCUUUCCUCAGCAUGGUUAUGUGCCAUGCCCUCCUCUCCUACACACGUUCUGCAGUGCUUGCUAUGGCUUUUCCCUCUCCCCUCACACCUUUGCUGCUGGACAAUCAUUCCCUGUGUCACAGAUGGACUGACCUGGUGCUGUCCCUGCUCGCCUUCCCUUGCUACAGUCUGUAUGCUCUUUAAGUGAAUGUGUUCUAUUUUUUUCAGUAGGGAAGAGGAUUUCCUUCUGCUGAAGGAAUUAUAUUUGCACAUGGCUCAGGGAGGUACCUCCUCUGGCCGUUUCUGUUACCUCACUCAUUUAGGCCAAUUCCAUUGCUAAUGUUCAAUGGCCACCUUCCCCAACCCAAACUCCCAGAAUAGUUAGGGAAUAAAACCAACGUGCAGCUCAGGUUCUGGAGCUAUUUGGUUGUGUCUCAGUUUCGGCCCCAAGCUGCCCCAGAUUUGGGAUUUGGGAGUGCGCCUGUUACAAAACAGCAUCUUUAUCCUGCAAAGAGGUGGAGCCGGUGCCACACACGCCUCACUCCCCAUCCUCACAAGCCCACCUCCAUCGCGACAGCACUUAACAGAGCAGAUACAGCAGCACUAACCUGGCUCUUGGUUGGGGCAGAGGGAGGAGCAGCAGAACCAUCGCAGUGUUACAAGGAGUGGCAUCGCGGGGCUGUGGCACCUCAGGGACGUGACCAUGCUGGUGGCAUCCUUCUCCCAUCACAUGCUUCAGGGGCUGGGUAAAGCUGCUAGAAACCUGGGAGCAUGUUCUCCCCACCUGAGGCGCUGGAUCCUGCAACCCCAACUACUGUGUGUAACUGCGACUUAACGGGGAUUGCAUCGCGUUGGCACGGAACGAGGGGUACAAUCACCCCUUAUGGGGUUCCCCCUGAGCCCAGGAGGUGGGGGGGGCUGUUGGCCAAGGCCUGUAGCACUAAGGUGAACUCUGGGGUGGAGGGGAGGACCCCGCGGUUUUGUUUUAGGAGUUGUCUAACUGUCAUAAACUUUGCGCUGUGCGCAAGAACGUGGUAAAAUGAUAAUGAAACUUACCUGCUAGAACCUAGGAGUUGUAAAGGCUGUGCAGCCAAACCUUAAUGUAAAGUAGCUAGUACAAUGGAAGUACAGUAUAAAUUAAAACAAAAUCUAUCAAACAAA